AUGGCUGGAGGUGCAGAUUUAGCAGUCCCUUCUGUUGGAUCCAAAAGUAUCAUGGAUCCAAACCAGGAAUCAGACAAGAGUAAUUACCGCCAAUCGAGCAUUGAGGCAAUUCUUGUGGCUUCCAAGUUGCCAAAAGCAGUGUCACUGGUUUCGUCAGCACCUGAAGGGGAGACCAUCAGGCGGCCUCGCGGGAGGCCUGCUGGAUCAAAAAAUAAGCCAAAACCACCCAUUAUUGUCACUCGAGAUAGUGCAAAUGCACUAAGGGCUCAUGCAAUGGAGGUCAGCACAGGCUGUGAUGUGAGUGAGAGUUUAGCUAACUUUGCAAGGAGGAAACAGCGUGGAAUGUGCGUGCUUAGUGGAAGUGGCUGUGUAACCAAUGUCACUCUAAGACAACCAGCUUCAUCCGGGGCCAUUGUGACCCUUCAUGGCCGGUUUGAGAUACUCUCAUUGCUUGGAUCAAUAUUGCCACCGCCUGCUCCACCAGGGAUUACAGGGCUAACUAUUUACUUAGCAGGGGCUCAGGGACAGGUUGUCGGAGGGGGAGUUGUUGGAGCACUCAUUGCAUCUGGCCCCGUUGUGAUCAUGGCGGCAUCUUUCAUGAAUGCUACUUACGAUCGUUUGCCAUUGGAUGAGGAUGAAUUUGCUGCUGCCAUGCAGAAUCAGCAUUACCAAAAUGGCCGUCACCACCACCACCACCUUGAUAUUUCAGAUCUCUAUGGAGCGCCACAAAACUUGCUCACCAAUUGUAUGGUGCCCCCUGAGAUAUACUCAUGGGCACCGGGACGAACCAUGACAAAAUCCUAA